AUGAUACCGACGUGUAUAAGGGCCCCGCGAUCCAUUCAGGGUUCCACCGAUGACGUCACAAGGCAGACACGAUCUAUCGUACAGAUCUAUACGGAUUGGGCGAAACCACUCCUGGAUGCGAGCAAGGUCCCGAAGAAGAGCAGGUGCAUCUGGAGGGGGUCUGGCAAGAGAUUGUGCAGACGGCCUGCUUCUGGCGGAUGUGCUGGAGGGCGUCACUGGGCUCAAGGUGCCGAGAGCUCAUCGCAAGCCUAG